AUGGCAGGUCUACCACCAAGGGAUCGGUCUAGGAGUCUUAGUUCUUCAGUAAAGAGCAGGUCGCCGUUGGAGACACUGGAGCAUAUGGGGUUUCCCAGAGAUCGAGCAGAGAAAGCAAUUGCUGCAACAGGGAACCAUGGUGUACAGCCAGCUGCUGAGUGGCUGUUGUCCCAUGUGAAUGACCCACAUCUGGACAACCAUGAACCCAGAGAAUACAUUGUCUACUUAUGCCCAACGGGUGAACUCAGGAAAACUUUAAUAGAAUUUUGGGACAAAUCGGUUCAACUUUGUGGCUGGAACGCUGCACAUAUGUACUAUCCUCAUAUAACUUUAUGUACAUUUUUCAAGAUACCCGAUAAUAAAGUGAAUCUCAUAGACACGAUCAUGAAUGUUGUCAUUCAAGAAAUUGGUCAGUGGCCUUGUAACAAAAACUUCAUUGGAUACUUCGUGAAGACCCCACAUCAUCAGUAUGCAGAACAGCUGAUGAUUAAAGUCAUGGAUGUGUUCCUCAAACAUGGCAUAGAAAUGAGACCGCAGAUGAAACAGAUUCACAUGACCUUGGCCUUUCAAUAUGACGCAGAUCAUCACGACCUUUUGAUGAAGCUGGCACAGGAAAUCAACCUCCAUUGUGAUGCUUCCUGGGAGAUACAAAUAUAUUCUCGACUCCAAGACUUGAAAACUUCAGAGGUUAGAAGAGUGAUACAGAAUUACCAGCCUGCUCAGUCGGAUGAGCUGCAUCUGUUGGAGAAUGACUUUGUUUACAUGGCCCCAGAGGAGCAUGAGCACAGUCCGGAUGGUUGGUAUAAAGGGACCUCACACCAGACCUGGGAUUUCCGCGCUUUUCCCUGGCAAUUUUACUGUCAGAUGCUCGCAGAUGGAGAUGUGGACCUUGCACAGAUCUACGCCAGUUCCCAGCCUGGCAUCGCACACACACCACAACGGUGGUUGUUUACCUGA